AAUAAGGAUGUAUCUGUUUUGAGUCAAAAUAAGGUCACCAAUAGAAUCCUGCCAACCAGAGCCUUCCGACACGUCAACAUCCGCGUUGGACAGAGAGUCGGCGACCAGUCUCGGAGUCAAGUCGCCAGUUUGCGUUCAUCUGGCCCGUUCUUGCUACUAUCAGUUUCUGAGAUGGCGAGUAAAAUGGCAAACGACAUGGACAGGCAGUCUCUGACGUGCCAGAUAUGUAUGUCACUCUUCAGAGCCCCCAAAAUCCUGCCGUGUCUGCAUAGCUUUUGUAGGGAGUGUCUGCAAGAACUGGCCACCAAACAACAGCCGCUGGAGUGUCCAACCUGCCGCAAACCGGUCAGUCUACCAGACCAAGGUGUGGACGGACUGAAGAACAACUUCUACGUCAGCAACCUGCUGGACUUCGCGGCCGUGAAGAAAGGGGCGGGGCCAGGUGUGCCGUGCCAGGUGUGUGAGGGAGGGCAGGAUGGCGGCAAGUCGUGGUGCGUGGACUGCGCUACCUGGAUGUGCGGCGCCUGUACAACUGUACACCGGAAACUCCCGGGCACGAAAGAGCACGAAGUCGUCCCAGCAGAGGUCCUCAAAGCAGAGAAAGACGUGAGUAAAUUCCAGCGUAAGCGUCACUGCCACAAGCACAAGAACCAAGAACUGGUCUUCUACUGUGAGAGUUGUAACGCUUUGGUUUGUACAGCGUGUACUGUAGUCGACCAUCGACCAGGUACUGACCAUAAUCCGGUAGAAGUUAGCGCUAUUGCUGACGACCAGAAAGACAAGCUGAGGCAACUUCUAAGCCAGGUGGAUCCACGUCUUGAAGAGAUGCAAGAAGCUCUUAAGGAAUUCGACAAGGAGAUGAUGAAGUUGGACAGCUCAAGAAUAGAAUCCGUCAACCAGGCGACCUCAUACUUCCAGCAUCUUGCAGACCUCUUGCAGAAGCGUGAGCGGGAGAUCUUGAGCCAGAUCGACUCCACAUAUCGCGGCAUCGGUAAGACAUUAGAGUCGCAGAAGGAAGAGGUGGAGCUGGGGUUCGCCAGGCUCGCCAGCGCGCGGACAUUCUGCGGACAAGCCGUGGAUCAUGGUGACGAGAUGCAUCUUGUAGAGGUAGGAGAGCAGGCUCAGAGGAGGGUCGAAGGUCUGCUUCAAGAACGAAUCAACCUGAAACCUGAGCAAGACAAAGUCCAGUUCUCGGAGAGAGUGAACGUUGCAGACUUCAAGAAAGACGUGGAAAGGUUUGGGAUCGUGAGCUCGACGGUGAAUGUGGACGUCUCCAAGUGCAGAGUGGUGACCAAGACGCCGGUGGUGGGACUCCAGUGCACAUCAGUGCUUGAGACUGCAGAUGAGGAGGGGCAGGCAGUAGCAGUGAACCGUGAGGCCAUCACGGCGACGCUGACAGGUCCGGCAGGAACCAGGGCAGUACCAACUCUGCUGCAGGCCAGGGACGAGGGGCGGGUCUGGGACAUCCUCUACACCCCUGAGGUCACGGGGAGGCAUAGGUUAGAGGUCAAGGUCAAGGACAGGGACGUCGCCGGCAGUCCUUUUGAUGUCAUGGUGCGAAGUCGGGACAGCGCCGUCAUCACUAUAGGAAGGGAAGGCAGCGAGGAAGGGCAAGUGAAGAAACCAAUAGAUGUGGCGAUAGAUGGGGAAGGUAAAGUCGUAGUGUUAGAGCAGGUGAACAGGCGGAUACAGGUGUUCAAUGCAGAGCAUGGAAACGUGUUGAAAUGCUUCCCGAUAGAGAGCGAAGGGCUGUUCGGAACAGAUACGGACUCCAGCGGCAAUCUGUUCGUCACGUCAUACGGCGCAAGCUUCGGCGUCAGAAAGUACUCGCGGGAAGGGGAACUGUUGGCAACGUUCAAUCCGGAAUAUCUACGGCAUCCGCUUGGAGUUGCAGUUCUGAAGGACGGCCGCAUGGUGGCGGCGGACAAGCAGCAGAAGUCGUGUCUCCUCCUGCAGCCUGACGGGAGCCUCAUCCGGGAGAUCGGCAAAGGGCAGUUGCAAGACCCAUGGUUCAUUGCGAUCGACGAGUCACGUGGCCUGAUGUUCGUCACGGACAACCGCGCCCACAAGGUCGUGGUGUUUGACCUUGAGGGCAACCUGAGGUUCAGUUUCGGCAAGAGAGGUCAGAAUCCAGGUGAGCUGAGCAGCCCGACAGGUGUGACGUUAGACCCCGCAGGUAACGUCAUCGUCGCAAACAAGGCUGACGGUCGCGUCCAGGUGUUUGGGCCAGACGGCAGGUACCUUCGCACCGUGACCACGAGCAGGGGCGCCCCGCACGGACUCGCACUCACGCCCGAGGGUUACGUGGCUGUAGCGUGCUAUACCGGACACUGUGUAGAACUGUAUAGGUACAAGUGAGCGCCGUGGACAGGGGUAUCGUAUCCAGAGCCGUGCCACCUAUCUAGUUCUAUACCUGAAUGGAUUAGGGUUGAUGUUGGAAACGGCUGUAAAUAGUCUCUGCAUAUCCAAAAACGUAGGUUUGCCCCAAGCGCGGUUCUGGAUACGCAUAGGUUCUGGAUAAAACUUGGUUCUGGAUACCUAUCCGCGGACUUUAAGACUAAAACUGUGUCUCUGUCUUAACAUGUUUAAUUGUUCCAACAUAUUCUACUUAGUCUUCUUCGCCACUAUAUCAUAGAUAUAGUCUUGCCUCUUUCUUAACAGCAACAGACAUUUGGAGAUGAUUAUUAACAUUUAUGUUUGUAAGAUCUUUGACAUGUAUCGAUAUAUUAGA